CGCAUUUCCAUUUUCGUCUUCCGCAUGACCGAUAAGAGCGUGUUUCUCAUCCAACGCGAGGCGAUUGCCAAGGACGAGGCGAUCCGCAAGCGGCUCCAAGAGGCCGGCUACAAGAUCCUCGAGCAAACAGUGCUCCAGCUCACACCCGAGAAGGCGGCGCUCUACUACGAGCGGCUCAACUGCCGCGACGACCCUGCCCAGCGCAAGCCGACGCACCGGGGCACGGCCCGCAGCUCCAUGACACCGCGCGUCAGUGACUUGGGCUCGCCGCGCUCCAAGGCCGUGACGCCCCGGAGCCCGAGAGAAGCGACGUCACCGCGGACGACUGCGCCAGGCGGCAAGACACCUCGCGCCGCCAACGAAGGCGCCACCGAUGCCGAAGACGUCAAGGAUGCGAUUGCGGCACUCUCGAGUGGCCCGCUCGUCGUCCUCGUGCUGCAAAAGCCCAAUGCGCUCAAGGACCUCCAAGACCUUGUCGGGCCCUCGGAUGCGACGCAGUGGGCGUCACAGGCGACGACGCUUCGCGCGCAGUUUGGUCUGGACCAGCGAUGCAUUGGCGUUCGCUGCAGCAAGUAUGGCUUCAACGUCGACGACGAGCGCGACUUCCUCAUGGCCCACGCGGUCUUGCGCCGGGAUAGCACCAUCGCGAUCACCGAGGAGUGGGCUGCGUCCGGCGCGACCGUGAGCCUCGAUGCGCUGCUCGAUUUUCUGUUUCCGCAUCAAGUGCAACACUCGAAUUCGACCGGUCGCCUCUUCGUCUUCUCGCUCUACGGUCCGCUCGACGCCAAGUCCCGCCUCCGAAGCGGCGAAAAAGGCUUGCACGUCGUGACGGACCUCGAGCUCAACACCAUGUCGCAGUCGAUCGAGCGCGAAGACAUUCUGUCCGUCUACGGCAUGGUCGGCCUCUCGCGGGACGAAGAAGAAGAGGUGUUGCGGCAAGCCGACAAACACCUCAAGAUGAUUCCUCGGUACACGCGAGCCGAUAUCGAGGCCAUGUUCAAGCACGUGCCUCGGGACGCCGUCGGCGCCAUGUCCUUUCACGACAUGCAGCAGCGCAUUCUGCAAGAGCGACUCCGCCGCGUGCUCUGCAUGAAAGAGAAGCUGAGUACGAGCUUGGCGACACCGAUCGUGUCCAAGUACCGCAAGAGCCUCACCACCUGGUCGAAAGAUGCUACGUACCACGUGGCCCCGCCGAGCAUGUUUCUCAAAAACGCGGGGCUCAACGGCUCGGAGAACGCGGUGCUCGUCUCGCGCCUCCUCAACUGCCACGCGUUCGGCAUUUGCCACCUCGGCGACGGCAACUCGCCGGAUCUGACGCAGAACGUCCGGCUGCUUCGUGACGACAUCGCCGACACGACCAAGCGCCCACUUUGGGACAGCAACCACAUGUGCAUUCCGCACGACUAGACUUAAUGCCAUGACGUGUAUACGCUACCUCGCUCGCCUUCCCAAGAAAUACCCAAGGAAUCGAC